GCGGAGCGGCUCCCACCCGUCUCCCGCAGCCCCGGAGGAGAGCAGCCGUGGGUGGGCGGGGAACGGCAGCCACCCCCGCCCGCCUCGGCCCCUCUCCCCGGGGGCCGGAGGCGAUGGUACCGUGCCCACCCCACGACCGCCCGGCGAGCGCCGUGGGCGAGCCCGGCUGCUCCGGGGGGAGUUGAAGGCUGGGGUCCCCGGCAGGCAGCUCUACCAGCUGCGAAGGGGGCGGGCGGCGCCGGGUGCCCGAGGAGGAGCCCGAGCGCCGGCCGAGCACGCCGGGCAGCAAGGAGAGCCGGCGAGCGGGCGGGGUGGCUUCAUGGGCAGCUCACGCCAAUAUGGUCCUCGCCCUCAACGGCAGUCACCUCUACGGUAACCUCCGGCCCUUGGCCCUGGAAGACCCGCGGGCGCUGAGCGGCGGUAGCAUGAUCGCCGGCUCCUGGCCGCCGCGCAGCUUGGCGAAGCUCGGCCCGUCGCCCGCCCCGUCGGUGCUGCCCACGGCGAGCCCCCUCCCCGCCAACGACUCCCAAUGCGGGGAGCAAAUCCUCAGCUACGGCAACGUGGAAAAAGUUGUUAUCGGGGCCGUCCUCUCCCUUAUCACCCUGCUGACCAUCGCCGGCAACUGCCUGGUGGUCAUCUCCGUCUGCUUCGUGAAGAAGCUGCGGCAGCCCUCCAACUAUCUCAUCGUCUCGCUGGCCCUGGCCGACCUCUCGGUGGCCCUGGCCGUCAUGCCCUUCGUCAGCGUGACCGACCUCAUCGGCGGCGAAUGGAUCUUCGGGCGCCUCUUCUGCAACGUCUUCAUCGCCAUGGAUGUCAUGUGCUGCACGGCCUCCAUCAUGACUCUCUGCGUGAUAAGUAUCGACAGGUACCUGGGAAUAACGAGACCUCUUACAUAUCCUGUAAGGCAGAAUGGGAAGUGUAUGGCCAAAAUGAUUCUCUGUGUGUGGCUCCUGUCUGCCUCCAUCACUAUACCCCCACUCUUCGGUUGGGCCCAAAAUGUAAAUGAUGAAAAGGUCUGUCUGAUCAGUCAAGACUUCGGCUACACCAUUUACUCUACAGCAGUUGCAUUUUAUAUUCCAAUGUCAGUGAUGCUUUUCAUGUACUACCAGAUUUACAAAGCUGCCAAGAGAAGUGCUGCGAAACACAAGUUUGCUGGUUUUCCCCGGCCAGAAGAAAUGGAAGGGAUUUCUAUGAAUGGAGUUGUAAAACUGCACAAGGAAUCUGAAGAAUGUACUAAUUUUUCACGACUCCUAAAGCACGACAAGAAAAACAUUUCCAUCUUUAAAAGAGAACAGAAAGCUGCCACUACACUUGGGAUUAUUGUUGGGGCUUUCACUGUCUGCUGGUUACCCUUCUUUCUCCUCUCAACCGCCAGGCCCUUCAUCUGUGGUACGGCAUGUAGCUGUAUCCCUCUGUGGGUUGAGAGAACAUUUCUAUGGUUGGGUUAUGCAAACUCUCUCAUUAAUCCUUUUAUAUAUGCCUUCUUCAAUCGGGACCUAAGGACAACUUAUCGUAACCUCCUGCAAUGCAGAUACAGGAAUAUCAACAGGAAACUAUCAGCUGCAGGGAUGCAUGAGGCUCUGAAGCUGGCAGAAAAGCCAGAAUUUGUUCUGAGAAAUCCCGAUUUCUCCAGAGAAAGAGACUGAUGACCAAAUGUGCAUUAAAGCAGCCAGAAAAAGGCAAGCCAGAACUGGAAUAAGAAAAAUGAAGAGUUGGCUUCUGAAGAACUCGAUGGAUUUAUUAUGUACUUCAUCUUCUUUUGAUGGGAAUGUUCUAAAAAUACUCCAUGAGCUCAGUACAUUACAUUAAACACAUUUAUACUGGAAGCAGUCACAUCUUGUUUGUUAUGGAGAAAAGAGCUGCUAUAUACAAAUGAAAAUAGUUUUCUGCCUGAGAAAGCCAAGUCACUUCAGCAAUAAGAGUUUGUCACAUGGGGUGGGGAACAAAAAUGCAAAUAAAGCUCAAAGAUAAAGCACUGUACAGAUUUCCACCACAUUAAAUAAUGUAGAACACUCACCUAUGUUUACCAUGCUUGUAGAUUAGAACAGUGACAUUAAUAACUGGGAUUAUCAGUGGUACCAAAUGUAUUUUGCUGUACUACAAAAAGAGGUUUUCGAAGAAAUAGUGGCUCUGUAAGCUGCUUUCAAGGCUUGUGUUAGAGAGAUGUUGUGUAUCUAGAAUGGGAUUGAGAAAGGUAAUGAUAAAAGACCAAUUUUUGGAAAAGCAUUCUGUUGUACAAAGCAGAUGCCCGUUUACUUGUUAACAUACAUAUGGUUUGUUCUCCCUAACCUUUUAAAAAAGCUGCCUUCAGUUACAUUCUGGCAAAAGAAUCAGAAUACACAUGUAUUACACUACAGUUAAUUUACAAAUACAAUUGCUUUAAUGUAAUUUUCUUGAUCUGACAAUUUAUAAAAAAGUUUUCGCUCAUUUUAACUCAAAUAAUUAUAAAAGGCUGGAGAAUUUACAUCACAUUAAGUUUUUUGUCUUCCUGGCUGGCCAGACUGGACUGAGAAUUACAAAAUUUGUUAUUUUUUAAAAUGUGUUUAAGAAAAGUUAUUUCUGCCAAUGUUUGGUUACAAUCAAAACAAAGCACUUUAACUUGCCAAAAAUUAAAUAGGCAAAUGUUAAUGAUCACUUGUCUCAGGGAAAAUUGAUUCAAGGGAUCAUUCCUUAAAUAUGCCUCUGAAUAUUUUUUUGUUGUUUUUGAGCUGCUUAUAUUCAUUUCCCCUCAGAGUUUCUAAACUAUGAGUGGCUACACAUUGCACAAUACAGUGGGAUGUACCAUUCCUAAAGGCUAUCUUCUCCAAUGGUACAUCUCUAUGUGCACUUGCCUUAUUUUCAUAGCCAUACAAUUUGUGAUAACUUAGCCUCCUACUUUCAGUCUAACAAAAAUGCUGCUGCUAAAUCAUCUGCUGACUACAUAUGCCAUUAAAGCUCCGAUUUCCUUUGUUUAAAUUAAUAUUCAAGUUCACAAUAGUUAUCUAAAUAAGGAGCCAGGCAUACCAGCACAGGCCAAUUCUUUACUUAUCAACAAGAGAUAAAUAGGAAAUGGAAAUCAAUUCAUGCUAGGCCUAUGUAAACCUAAGACAGAGACCCAAACCCACCUUCUGCUUGCUAUCCUGACAGCCUAAGCUAACUCCUGUUGUUACAAAAGAGAGCACCAAAGUAGCAUCUUUUCACCGUACUAGAUCAGCAAGACUCCUUUCAGGACUUCACUGAUAAACUAAUCACUCUGAACUCUGUAUUUGAAGCAAGGUGAGUCUUGUAAUUUGCUUUAUUUCCUAAAGGGAAUGACACUGCAAUGCUUUUUACUUGGUUAGACUUAAGUGUUUAACAGGAAAUGGGACAGUUCUUGUCAAUGGCAAAUGAACCAGUUCUGACUGAAUUACAUGAGCAUACAUUCAGAGAAACUCAGCUGAAGUCAAAAUUACACUGGCAAAUAAUAUUAUAACUGGACCUAAUGAGAAAAGGAGACAAUAGAUCCACAAAUGUAACAGUAAGAAGAAGACAAAAGAAAAAAAAAAAGGGGGGGGGGGGGGAGGAAAAAAAAAGGAAAGGAAAUAAAUAAGGGUUUCUUCUUUUAAAACCCCCAAACCUUAAAAUAAAGAGCAGUGGUCACACUCUGAAACUCAUUUUUAAGCUUUAUGGUCUCCCUAGUAUGUCCAUUACAUGAAGGCAAUGAAACAAUUUUACUUAGAUUAAUUAGGCUGUUGCUUUCCUUGUUCAUGUUGUCAUGUCAAAACCUUAACUUCAAGUGAAAUGGAAAACUUACACCUCAUAUGAAUAACUUUAAUUAUUUAAAACAAACACUCCAGACAAACAAUAAACAAAUGCUACCAGUGACAUCUUUCUGUGAAAAUUCAGGAGUAUUUUUAAUGAUGUUAUUUUAAGCUUAAGUAAAUAUUUUUAUUUUAAGAGAGAUAUACCAGAGGGCAAAAGACAGAGAGCUUGAAGCUGUUAGGCACCUACAAUUCUAGACAGAUACAUGUAUACAUCUAUAUAACACACACAAUCUAUGCCUCAUAGUUUAGAAUGGUACUGCCUCAUGAAAAGAAGGCAACAAAUUGUUAGCUAAUAAACAUUCAUUUCUUUUAAUAUCUAUUAAAUUCCCAGAGUCUUGCAGAAAAUAUAAGAAUAUUUUAGAAUAAGUUGUGGCAACAUGGACCUAUAAAGUUGGAGUUCUGAUUUUUUCAUAAAGUGUUUUUCAAAAAGGAGUUUUCAGACAUGUAGACAACACAAAGAGCAUUUGGAACUACACAACACUAAUACUUUGUCAUACAAGAUGAAGCUCAUUUUUUUCCUCCUGUAGCUAUCAGGUUGGCACCUCUCUCAAACCAGCACAGAAACCCCCUCAGUAACUGGAAGAGUCACUCAAGGCUAAGUAUGUGUUUCAAGACUAGCAAAUAAUGCAUACAAUAAUUUAGAAGAUUAAAGAAGUAAGGCUGAUCAAAAGAAGUCAAGAGAUUAGAUAGCCUACUGGGAUAAUGAAACAAGAUUUCAACAGUUUCUGUAGCCAAUAGUACAAAAGCAGCACAUGGUCCUGCCUUACAGUGAGAAAAUCCAUGUCCCUGGGCCGUAGAUAUAAGCCCAGCAGACUAAAUAAUGCCAGAAACAAGGCUCAGACUCACAUUUCUGGGUCUAUACAAGAUGCCUUUCCAGCUCUGUCACUGAGUAUGUUCUGGGAUGUUGCAGUGAGCAGUUUGCGUAUUCACAGGGCUGCCUUAUGGUAUCUAUCACUGCAUUUGUCAAUUUUAAUAAAUAAAAUGAAUUUCCCAAAAGUUUGUCAAAACCCCUGAUCUUUAACUAUGUGCCCCAGCCUGUCUUGUUCUCCAUGUGUAUUCUUGGGCUCAAAAGACAGCUGAGAUGUUUGGUGGACCAGCCUACUACAUCUCUGUUAUAUUUCUAUUGUACUUCCCUUGUAAUCUUUUUAUUUGUCCAGUUUGAUCUGUUCUUUACAAACGUAACGUCUUUUCCUAGCUGCCCCCUUGAUUCUAGUGUAACAUUCUUGCUAUAUUAGCUAGUUGUAUUCAUAUGACAAUUUGCUUAAUUUGCUUCAGAUCUCAGAAAAAAACAAAUACAAUGUUAAGAGAAUAAAGUUUUUCUUAUUAUCACAAGAUGCACUGGAAAGCAUGAAAAUAUAUAUAUAUGAAUAAUAUGAAAACAGUCAGAUGUUCCUGAUAAAUUCAAUAGAUAAAAGUGAAUUUUAUAUAUUAUUUCAGUCAGCUGGGACUUUUAAUAUGCAAAAGUCACCAAAGGAUUGAGAUGGAACUCUAUAUAUUUCAAGUAAUAUAUAUUUCCUUGAUGAGAUCUAGUAAAAAGUAAAACCAGUUGACAUAAGAGACUAUUUUCCCACAAAUAGCUUAUAAAAAUAUAUAAAUAUAAGGAAAUCAAGUUCUUCAAGUUGUAAGAGGCACAUGCUGAAAAUGUUGAGUGUCUUUGGUUGUAAUAUGAGUCUUAUUCGUAAAAAAGAAUUGUUGCCACUUGCGCUGCAAAUUAUUCAAAUUUAUACAGCAGACUAAUUUAGUAAAAAAGGAAAUAGGGUUCUUCUGUAUUAGGUAGUGAGUUAUACUAGACUUUUAAAAUGUGUAAACCCAGAGGGAUAUUAAAAUGUUAAUUUGGAUAGUAUUUAAAAGGUAAUUACUUUUAUACAAUAAAAUAAGAAGUCUA